UCUUAAACGAGUAUAAGUUUUCUAUUUUUGCGAGGGUUUUUGGUUUAAGGGUUUAGACUUUUUAGUUGUCAAGAAAAAGAGGAUAAAUACCGAUUGAGGAAAUUCGAAUUUUCUUUUAAGGGAUGCUAAAGUGACACAGAGGUCCGCACCUACCGGGACUACAACGCAGUUUUCCUUCGGACUCGUGUCAUCUGAAACCCGGCCAUCCAAUCGACACUGUUCUUUAUCUCUGUUCUCAUUUCUUCUUCUUCUUUCUCAUUAAAAAUUUCAAAACCCAAAAAAAAAAAAAAACAAUAAAAACCAGGAAGGGUCUCAGAGGACUCAGGUCCGUCCAAACCAACCCCCACCUUCACCAGAAAGAGAGAAAGAGAGAGAGAAACCCACCAACUCCUAGCCUUUUCUCCAAUCUCUCUUUCAAGGACUCUUUAAACCCCACAAAAUAUUAUACAUAUUCUAUCUAUCUAUCUCACUUAGAAGAGUCUCUGACACUCAACCUCAAACCUGGAAAUUGUUACCCAAAAAAAAACCAAAAAAGGAUUAAAAAUGGGAGCUUUCUCAAAAAGUCCCAAACUUCAAGUUCUGUUCAUCAUAGCUUGCCUAUUCUCUCCCUGUAUCAGCCUCAAGAUUGGAGAGACGUGUUCCAAAGACACAGAUUGCGACGCCGGUUUAAGCUGCCAAACAUGCGCUGCAAAUGGUAAUACCCGACCCAGAUGUACCCGGAUUCAACCCACCAAUCCUACAUCUAAGGUGAAAGGUCUUCCCUUUAAUAAUUACACAUGGCUUACGACCCACAACUCGUACGCUCAAGCAGGGGUGCGGUCGUCCACCGGAUCGUUGAUUAUUGCUCCGAUGAAUCAGAACGACACCGUUACAUCUCAGCUCAAAAAUGGAGUUCGAGGAUUUAUGUUGGAUAUGUAUGACUUCAACAACGAUAUCUGGUUAUGUCACUCAACUGGGGGCAAAUGUUACAAUUUCACAGCAUUUAGACCUGCUCUUGACGUGCUGAAAGAAAUUCGAGCAUUUUUGGAAGCAAAUCCCUCAGAAAUUGUCACAAUUUUUAUUGAGGAUUAUGUAACAUCUCCAUCAGGCUUGUCAAAAGUCUUUGAUUCAGCUGGUUUAAAGACCUAUAUGUUCCCCCUGGCUCGGAUGCCAAAGGAUGGAAAUGAUUGGCCAACUGUUGAUGAUAUGGCUAAAAACAAUCAGAGGUUGGUGGUCUUCACCUCUAAGUCAUCGAAGGAGGCCUCAGAGGGAAUUGCUUACGAGUGGAACUAUGUCGUAGAAAAUCAAUAUGGAAAUGGCGGGAUGGUACCUAAUUCAUGUCCGAAUCGUGCUGAAUCAUCUCCCAUGAACACAACAUCAAAGUCACUAGUUCUGGUGAACUACUUCCGUGAUAUUCCCAAUGCAUCAGCAACUUGCGCAGACAAUUCAGCUCCAUUACUGAGCGAGAUCAAAACUUGUUAUGAUGCAGCUGGGAAACGGUGGCCAAACUUUAUUGCCGUUGAUUAUUACCAGAAAAGUGAUGGCGGGGGAGCUGCUGAAGCAGUGGAUCAAUCAAAUGGUCAACUGACAUGUGGGUGUGACAGCAUUACAUAUUGCAAGGUGAAUGCUACAACUGGAAAUGCUACAUUUGGUUCAUGUGAUGUCCCAAAACUUGCUCCACCGCCACCUGCUUCCCUCGCCAGCACACCUCCUUCAGGUCCUAGUAGUAACUUUGCUCCUCGGAAUAGCAAAUCAAUCCUGUUGAGGUGGUUGUGUGGAACAAUUUUGGCUGCUACUCUCUCAAUGCGGAUAUAAUUGCUGCACACAGUUUCCCUCCCUUGUAAUUUUUUGAACCACACGGAAAAAUAUUAUUUCAGGCAAUUGAUUCAUCAUUCUUGGUCUUGAGGAAAAGUUAUGGAGAAAUUCUGGUGAUGUAUAUAUGGUGGGCUUCUCAGUUUUCAUAUGCUACUAGUCUAUGACUAAUAAUAUCUAUUAGUAUUAUCACUAUUAUGUAACAAAUUUUCCCUUUCUUCACAUUUUGCGAUGCGAUAUCAAAGUUUGGGCAAGUUGGCUUA